AUGGAAGGUCAAACGGACCAUUUCCCCGGAAUCCCACCAUUCCCGGACAAUGUACCUACUGCUCCUCUAUUCCGCCUCUCCUUAAAGGCUCUGCUUGCCGGGGACAAAGCAGAGAAGCAGAAACUAGUCGAAGCGAGCGAGGAGAUCGGCUUCUUCUACCUCGAUAUGCGCGAUGCAGACACGCUGAGCCAUAUCCUGGAAGAUGCAGACAAGUUGUUUGAUAUAGGAGUUGGCUUGUUUCAGCUUCCACUAGAAGAGAAAAAGAAGUAUGACUUCAGUGCUCAGAAGUCUUACUUCGGGUACAAGGCACAGGGUGCUGCGGUCGUCGACCGACAGGGGAAUCUGGAUAGGAAUGAGUUCUAUAACGUAUCCAAAGACGACAUCAUGGCCAUAUCAGAGCCACUACCAGCUCCAGACAUCCUGAAGAGGAAUCGACAUGUUUUCGACUCGUUCAUCAAAUGCUCCCAUUCCAUUGUCACGCUUAUCCUCAAUUCCCUCAACGCAAGCUUGGGUCUUCCAGAGUCGGCCUUGGCCGAUCUCCACCGUCUUCACGCUGUAAGUGGCGAUCAAGUACGCUUCGUCAAGGCGCCUCCACAGCCUGCCGAUGACCGGCGUACUGCUCUCGGCGAGCAUACGGAUUUUGGAAGCGUAACCAUUCUCUUCAACCGCCUGGGAGGACUCCAAGUUCUUCCCCCAGGUCCAGACGCAGAGUGGCAGUAUGUGAGACCGCUGCCGGGACACGCAAUUGUCAAUCUAGGAGAUGCUAUGGUGAAGUUCACGAAUGGACUCCUUCGUUCGAAUAUCCACCGUGUCGUUUCUCCUCCGGGCGAGCAAGCGGACCUCACUCGGUAUAGUCUGGUCUAUUUCUCAAGGCCAGAGGAUGACGUCCCACUGCGGCGUUUGGAGGGAUCUUCGCGUAUUCCAGACUUGGAAGAUGGUGUAGUGGAAGAGGCUAUCAAGAGCAAAGACUGGAUUAUCCGUCGUGCCCUGGGUAGGAGGGUGGAUGUACCUGGUAUUGGAUACGACAAGUCAGCCGGGACGGAAAUGCUGAGUAGGAGGUUAAAAGUGUAG